GCGUCCAGUGCACGUGUUGUGCUCCAAUCAGCCGUACAAUGUUUGUAAACAAGUAAUUGCCAUUGUUGAGAAAUACCAAAACAAGUCCUGCGCACACGGCGCCUGCAAGCGGCAACAAGUUGUUGGAAAUUUCCCAAUUCCAGGAAUUUCGCUGAAACUCAACACAACCUUUGGAGCUUUCAACACAGUCUCAAGGCUUUUUAAGCUACCAGCAUUUUCGUGGACUUGAAAUUUUAUCAGUUGCUGUGCAGACCUGGAGUUGUAAAGACAUCAAAACGGAAAAACCAAACUGUGUAAAAUUUUUUCUAUAUAUACACCAAUACAUACAUAUUUAUAUAUAUCAAAAAGGCAUAUUAGGUUAAUGCUGAAGACUGAAAAAUAUUCUGCAAGUAAUUUAAAGCCGUAGCAAAUUAAUAGAUCCUUGGAGAAAAAGUGUAUAAAUUCGUCGAGUAAAAAUAGUAAAAAAGAAAAUUACAUCUGUAUGUGUUAAAUUAAUUGAGUAAUUAAAAGAAGAAGCGUAAUUAUGUCGUGUAUGUGUGUUUUUCAUUAAGUGAAAGUAAUUUUUCAUAAAGUGAUUUGUGGCAGAACUUUGAAAAUGGUGCCAUUUCGGCUUGAAAACUCCGUGGAACCCGAAAACUCGCUAAAACAUAUAAAAUCGAAUAGCCACACUUAAGUCAACAAAAAGAUAUUAAGUUCAAUCUUCACAGCCUGAGCAGGUGCAUCCAUUGCUUGCGGUUACACCAGGCUAUAAAUUUUUAAGACAAGAAGUUUUAAGUAAAAACGUAUAAAAUGGCUGAACAACAGAAACUGUCGCUAUGUCCACGUUUGGUAGACUACAUGGCUAUUGUGGGUGCACGCACUACUCCGCCCAUGCCGAAAGGAUUGACCGGCAAUAAAACGCCACCCGUGCAGAUACCGGAAUUGUUGCGUCGCUAUCCGCCCUCCGAUCACAGUGACUUUCCACUCCCCCUCGACAUGGUAUAUUUCUGUCAGCCCGAAGGUUGCACCAGUGUAGGACCGCGUCGCACAGGCUCAGCAAUACGUGAUAUGACGUCAUUUGUAUUUGCGCUUACCGAUAAAGAUUCCGGCAAGACCCGUUAUGGCAUCUGUGUUAAUUUUUAUCGACCAAUUGAACGACAUACCGCGAAUGCGGAUCGAGGAGCUGUGAGCGGCAACCACGGUGCUGCUGGACUGGGACAAAGCACAAGAGGUCGUCGGAGCUCCGCUUUCCGACGUGAGUCCUGGCGUAAGAGUAUGGAGCGUAGCUCGGACUCAGCAUUUAGUAGAACACAUGAUGCUAAACGACGUAUUUCUUGUAAUAGUUACGGCCUCUUAACUUCUUCUAGCGACUACAGAAGUAACGUCGCUCCAAGUGAUUCGGAUCGUGAAAUGACAUCACGACGUGAUUCGGAUCCGCCGAAUCAGCAUCAUUCAGCGCAUGGCGCGCACGGACAAAUGUCACAACAACAGCAGCAAAGUCAUUCACAGCAAGUGCCCAAACUGGGUUUGAUGGCGCCAUCUGCGGACUCGGAGUCGGGCGGCAGCCAUUCGCCGUCGCCACGUGCCUUACGUAAGCGCACGAAGCUACGCAAUCAAUCGCUCACCUCGCUAUGCAUCAUCUCACAUCAUCCGUUCUUCUCGACAUUUCGAGAGUGUUUAUUCAUACUGAAGAAGCUGAUCGAUGCCUGCAAUGAGUCGUCAUCGCCCAAACGUUUGGGCGCUUCACAAAAGCAAAAUCGUGACAAUGUGUGGACGGUGCUCACUGGUCAUGCCAGCGCCGAAGCUACCUCGUCCAUAGUGUUGCACGAUGUACGCGAGAUUGAAACGUGGAUCUUGCGUUUGCUCUCCACACCUGUACCUGUACCGGGCUCAACACGAGUUGAGGUUGAGGUGCUCUCACCCACCGUGCAUGAGCCGCUGCUCUUUGCAUUACCAGAUCAUACACGUUUCUCGCUUGUCGACUUUCCGCUGCAUUUGCCGCUAGAGUUGCUCGGCGUUGAGACGUGUCUGAAGGUCUGGACCUUGAUCAUGCUGGAAAAUAAAGUGCUGUUUCAGUCACGUGAUUAUAAUGCGCUUUCCAUGUCGGUAAUGGCAUUCGUCACAAUGCUCUAUCCAUUAGAGUAUAUGUUCCCGGUGAUACCGUUACUGCCGACAUGUUUGAGUUGCGCCGAACAAUUGUUGCUGGCACCAACACCGUUCGUGAUUGGUGUGCCGGCAACAUUUCUUAUGUACAAAAAGAAUUUCCGCUUGCCGGAUGACAUCUGGGUUGUGGACUUGGAUUCAACAAAGUUAUCACCGCCAACUGGCGGUUAUGAAGAGAUACCAGCUCUGCCAGAGCCUGAAGGCACCAUACUCAAAAAUCACCUGAAACAAGCUAUGCAACUUAUGGAUGAAGCUGGACUCGGUGCGCUAUCUUCUAUGUCAGCGUCCAAUCAGGCCAUUUCAGCACAACAGCUGUUGCCGUCGGUGCGUGACAGUCUCACAGAGCCAACUUUACUGGGGGUCUCGCAAGUUCGCUUGCCUCUCCAAUCGCCCACACAGUCUGCGUACGCAAGUCAACGCAGCUCGAUGUCGGCGCAAGGUUCGCAUUCACGGCAGCCGAGUCCAAUGAAUUCACCCGCUUUGAAUCCAUUCAUUUAUGGCACUGAUGUUGACUCCGUAGACGUCGCCACGCGCGUUGCAAUGGUACGGUUUUUCAACGCGCAAAAUACUCUCGCUAACUUUGCCGAGCAUACUCGUACAUUGCGUCUUUAUCCACGACCAGUGGUCGCCUUCCAAAUCAACAGUUUCCUACGUUCACGUCCACGUGCAACACAGUUCCUUAAUCAGUUUGCACGCACACAAGCUGUAGAGUUCCUCGCAGAGUGGUCAUUGACACCCACUAAUGUUGCCUUCUUACGGGUACAAACUGGCGUAAUGGAUCCAGGUCAGGUUGGCGAUAAGCCCAAAUGGUUUGCACACCAACUUACGCCCAUACGGUUUUCUGUCUGGGACGAUGGCAGCUCACUAAAUGGCGCACUACGUUCAUUGAAACAGUUGGAGUGUCAGCCAACCGAUGAAAGCGGUUCCGACUCGGAAGGCGCAGAGAGUUCAAGUUCCUCUUAUUCCUCGCUUAGUGAUUUUGUUUCGGAAAUGGUAUCAUCAGAUUUGUCGCCGAGUAUACAUGAUGUUUUCGGUGCACAUAAUCGACCGCAUAAUGUGCCACAAACACUUUCAUCAAAUCUAGAUCCCGCUUUAGUUUACCAUCCACCUAGAACAUUGCAGUAUCCAGAAAGCAUGUCGAAGAAAAUCGAGAUUAGCGAAGAUGAAGAAGCUCAACGCGCUGAAUCGCCAAUUUCAUCCUCAUCCAGUCGUUCCGAUCUAAGUUCGCCCAGUCGCGAUUCUGAGUUCGAAUUUCCAACUAAAUCAGCAACUGGUCCUUUCGAUUUAGCAGCGCCUGCAGCACAACGCCUUGAGGCAACGUUGCGUGCUGCGAGUAUUGAUAACGAAGGCACUGAAGCUGGAGAACCAAGAAAAUCUCCGGUAUCCGCACAUAAACAACAGCUACAACAUCACCAACAGCAACAGCAGCGUCAUGCUGGCGAAGCAGAUCACACCGGCGUUGACAAAAAGCGUCCGCCUCCAAUAACACCACCUGUGUCCAAUAUUCUUGCGCGCACCGGCAGCUCUGGUUCAAGCUCGAGUAGUCCUGGCAGACAGGGUUCACAAGGUUCACUUUUUGAAAAUUUCGCUUCGCACGCAAAGGAGCUGGUGCGCGAAACAACGCGCCAGAGCAGUCAAGAGGGUCUUUUAGCUCAAGUGGACAAACAACAUUCAAUGGAAGGUAGUAUACCCGAAGAGUUAGACGAAAAAGUGCGACACACUUUUGAAAAGUUUACCUUGCACGCCAAGAAAGCUGCCGGCGAAGCAUCGAAACAAGCUCUAGAAGUCUCCAAGCAGGCCGCGGGCGUGAGUAAGCACACCUUCGAUGAUCUAACCUACGUCAGCAAGUCAACGAUUGGUGAUUUAACGAAGACAGCCAAAGAAGCUGCCACCAAAAAGGGCAUAAUAAAAGUGGAUGAUCAACCACACUUAGUGGGACAACAACAAAUCGCUACACAAAAACAAAUGCAGAGUUCCGGUGGCAAUUUCUUUUCAUCCAUUGGCACUGAUUUCAAUGGACUGGCCUCAUCGACAUCUACCAUGUUUUCCGGCAUGUUCGGUGGCAAGAAAAAUCAGCAAAAGCAGCAACAACCACCGCACCCACAAUAUAGCAGUGGCAGUUUGCAGCAAAAAGCCAAGUCAGGCAUCAAUUUCGAUCCCUUUCCCAGUCGCAAAGGUCUGGUGGAACGCACACCACUUAUCAAACAUUCCGGUCCGGGGCAGACGCAGGAAGACAUAACGCGCCAACAAAAUCAGGAGCGUUCACACAGUAAUACGGAAAAUCAGGCUUUCCUGAAGGAUGUCACCACGCAGGUUUUGGCCGGCGAAGGAGUUGGCUGGUUGAAGAUGAAUCGUUUCAAGAAACUCAUGGAAGAUGAGUCGUAUCGCACGCUGGUGCUGAGUAAACUCAAUAAGACGCUGGACAAGAAAAUCAUGCCUGAUGAUCAUAUAGACGAUGUGUGCGUGCCCAAACCGGUUUGGAAAGGUAUGCUGAAGUGCUUGCAGGCGGUGACUGCUGGGUUUGAGGUGUCUUUUUCGAACUUCGGCCUUGGCGGCAUGGCUUCGAUAUUUCAAAUGAUGGAAAUCGCACACACACAUUACUGGAGCAAGGAGCUGAAUGAAACUACCGACAUGUCUUCAAGUUUGUUAUCCAGUCAUGCCACAAGUCCUAUGGGCAGUCGUGAGAAUUUGCGUUCACCCUCCAGUCCCAUGGAUUCGCAUUCCGGUUUGGGCAGUGAGUGGGCUUCGCCACAAGAGUCACGGAAAGGUUCCUCGCAAACUGAUCGUGCCGGUCCAAUGAUUAAUACAGCUGCAACCUCGGCGGCGGCCAGGCGUAUGUCAUCUGCCGACAGUCAGGACGGACAGUCGACAACGGAAAUGUUUAAGGAUAUGUUGGUGCAGAAACGCACAGCGCUGUUGAGCAAACUCACAUCGUUUGACUCAGACGGUGCCGGUUCCACAGGUGCUCUAUCGGUUGUUAGUGAUCUACUGCCAGGCGGUAGUUUGAAUGUACGUAUGCCCGCUAGUUGUCGUUCAACGGUAUCCGAUACCGAAUAUGAAAAUACUACAACCUCGAAGGAUUCGAAACGAAGCUCUGGUAACAUUUGGUCGGGCAAAUCCACGCUCAGCGCCGGUUUUCGUUAUACAGGCGGACAUCUAAUCAACACAUCUUCCUCGCCAUCGCCGGAUAGCCCAAGAGUCUACCUAUUCGAAGGUUUAAUUGGGAGAGACCGUUCGAAUUUGUGGAACCAAAUGCAAUUCUGGGAGGAUGCUUUUUUGGAUGCAGUAAGCCAAGAGCGUGAUAUGAUUGGUAUGGAUCAGGGACCCAUCGAAAUGAUGGAACGCUAUAAAUCGUUGAGCGAUGAGGAACGGAAACGCUUGGAGCACGACGAAGAUCGGCUGCUCUCAACAAUGCUGUACAAUCUCACCGCCAUACUUGUAAUGCUUGGCGUGAACAAAGAGGAGAUACGACGCAAAAUCCGACGCCUCUUGGGCAAAAGUCACAUUGGUUUGGUUUAUUCCACCGAAGUGCAUAAUGUCGUCGACCAAAUAAAUAAUCUCAAUGGCAAUGACAUCGAUCUGAAACCGCUCGGUUCGAGACUGCUGCAUCGGCAGAGUUUCACCGUGCAUCCCGGUUCGGAUAAUAGCGGACCACUGCUCUUUAUGGAAGUGCGCGACGACGGACUGGUGGUGCGCUCUGUCGACGGCACAAUUGUCGAACGUUGGUUCUACGAGCGUCUGGUCAACAUGACGUAUUCACCAAAAACUAAAGUGCUCUGCCUCUGGCGCCGCAAUGGCGGACAGAUACAGCUCAAUCGCUUUUAUACGCGCAAGUGCAGAGAAUUGUAUAACUCUAUCAAGGAGUCCAUGGAACGCAGCGGUACGCCGAAGAAUGUGCCGGAGUUGGGCGGUGAGUUUCCGGUACAGGAUAUGAAUACCGGCGAGGGUGGCCUUUUGCAGGUGUGCUUAGAGGGUGUUGGUUUGUUGUUUGCCAACAGCAAGUUUUUCGUGCGGCUGGAUCACAUACGAAAGUGCUUCACGCAGAUGGGCGGCAUUUUCGUGCUGGAAGAGUACAAUCCUAAAACACGGCAUCUUAUUCAACGAAAGUAUAAAUCAACUUUGGCGGACCAGAUUUGCUAUGCGGUCUUGUGCGUUUUCUCUUAUGUCGCCGCCGGGCAGGAGCAGAAGAAGAAUCCCGUUGUUAUCACGCCUCAAAUACAGGACAUACACGCACAGCAGAAACAACAGCACGCACAACAGCAAAAGCAAUUACAACAACAACAACAUCAACAGCAGCAACAGCAACCGCAUCCGAGCAGCAGCGGCGCUACAAGUCCACGCGCCUCGAUGGCCAAGCAAACAGCAGUGGCAACAACAACGCCCAGCAACAAGUCGCCAUCAUUGGCAACAACACAUCUGCCACCACAACAGGGCACUGGUAAGAAUGCUACAAUCACCAUACGUCACACGAUGCCAAUGCAAAAGCCGACGGUGACAACGGCCACGGUGCAGCCACAGGCGAAGCUGCCGCAUGCCGCAUACGCCUCGCCAGCCACAAUCACCGCUGCGCCCAUGCAAACAGCAAGCGCGACAGGCAGCACAAUGCAACAGCAACAUCACCCACAAUCGAACUAUCCACAAGUGUCACCCGUUUCUCCAUUACAACAACAUGCACAUCAAUAUGCACAACAACACCAAACAACGCCAGCAACUCAGCAUGUGCCCAGCCACAGCCCAGUUAGCCGCACCAGCAGCAGUGGCAGCACAACUGGCCCCUUACCGCAAUUGCCGCCGCGCGUACCCUCACAAACCUCCACCGAGAGUCAGCACUCCUCACCGCCAAUUGGCAAAACGCGCGGCUUACCUGCUGGACCGCCGCCCGCCAUACCGCCACGCAGCGGCGCCAUGGCACGCGCUGGUUCCUUGCAAGUACAUUCCUCCGCAGCGGCGGCGGCAACGUCCUCAGCCGCUAGCAACGCUUUAACGGGCGCACGUAACUUUGUACGCCAAAUUUCAGCAAGUUCCACGCCACCACAGUACACACCGCAGGCACCGCCGCCCUUCGUAAUACCCAAGCGGCGCACCUCGUUGUCGCGCGCCUCCUCGGUUGCGUGUACGGGUGCGGCAGGUGCAACCCCAACGGGUUCAGUGGGCGCUAUGGGCGGUCAACGACCCUCAUAUGGCAGUGUGAACAUGGGCAUGUCCCAGCAACAGCAACCGCAGCAUACUUCUUACCAGCCACAACAUGGUGAGCAGCAACAAUCGCCAGGUGCCAGCGGCGCCAACAAACACUGACGAAGGAGCUCCUUCUUUCGUUUUAGCGGCAGCAGCGGUGGCGGUGGUGGUCAUGCGGGCGUUGAACCGCAGCCACGUGAGGUCUGCCGCACCAUUUGUAUUCCAUGGCUCUGAAAAAGUGACACAGAACGGGUAACUAACGCCAGCAAGCGCUGGCUGCUAAACUUUUCCGCUACAUAGAUGAGCUUUAUUAUUGGCAUACACAAAUCGAUGCAGCUACCCUGCAGGAAAAUAUCACUAGCUAAUGGUUUUUUCGUGAAUUACGAGAGACAAGUUUCGAAUUAAGUUAAAAGUUCAAAAAGUUUUCAAAUUUUUCAAAUUUUUACACCAAUUAUUCGACUAGUACAUUAUAAAGGGUGUCUGACUAGAUGCAGAAAUUUACAGAAAUAUCGCUAUAUAGGCGCUUAUAUAGUGUGGUUUUGAAAAAAGUCGUUUUUAGCUAUUUUUAAACUAUAUAUAAACCUUUCCAAAUAAAAGAAAAACUUAUAGCAAGGCGUAGAUUCUAGGCAAUCGACAAACUCUUGGAAAUAUAUCUACUAGUUUAUCUUUAAGGGGCUAUACCAGUGUGACACUUU